AUUUUGCAACCUGCACAGAUCUCUUCACGUCUCUAAACAUGGCUCUUCAAGGACCCCUGAAAGUGUGCAUUGUAGGCUCAGGAAACUGGGGCUCUGCUGUUGCAAAAAUUAUUGGCAAUAAUGUAAAAAACCUGCAGAAGUUUGCAUCUACUGUAAAGAUGUGGGUUUUUGAAGAGAACAUUAAUGGGAGAAAGUUAACAGAGAUAAUUAACACAGAACACGAGAAUGUAAAAUACCUCCCUGGACACAAACUGCCAGAGAACGUGGUAGCUGUCCCAAACCUUACUGAUGCAGUAAAAGAUGCAGACCUUCUAGUUUUUGUCAUUCCGCACCAGUUUAUUCAUAAGAUCUGCCAGGAGAUCUCUGGGACGGUUCACAAAAAUGCAUUGGGAAUAACUCUUAUUAAGGGUAUUGACGAAGGCCCAGAGGGACUGAGGCUGAUUUCCGAUAUAAUCCGAGAGAAAAUGGGAAUCGACAUUAGUGUACUGAUGGGUGCAAACAUUGCAAAUGAAGUAGCAGCAGAGAAAUUCUGUGAGACAACAAUAGGUAGCAAAAUCCUGGCGAAUGGACUUCUGUUUAAAGAACUGUUGCAGACCCCGAAUUUCCGUAUAACUGUGGUGGAUGAUGCUGAUACGGUAGAACUUUGUGGAGCCCUCAAGAACAUAGUUGCAGUUGGUGCUGGGUUCUGUGAUGGCCUCAACUGUGGAGAUAACACCAAAGCUGCAGUUAUCCGUCUUGGACUCAUGGAGAUGAUUGCAUUUGCCAAGAUUUUCUGCAAGGGUCCUGUAUCAAGCGCUACAUUCAUGGAGAGCUGUGGUGUUGCAGAUCUAAUUACCACCUGCUAUGGAGGGCGCAAUCGAAAAGUGUCAGAGGCUUUUGUGAAAACAGGCAAGAGCAUAGAGCAACUGGAACAGGAGAUGCUGAAUGGUCAGAAGCUUCAAGGGCCACAGACCUCUGCAGAAGUUUAUCGCAUCCUGCAUCAAAAAGGCAUGGUGGAUAAGUUCCCACUUUUCACUGCUGUGUAUCGAAUUUGCUAUGAAGGGCAGCCUGUUGAAGAGGUUAUUUCCUGCCUACAAAGUCAUCCUGAACAUAUGUAGAAAAUACAUUUAAAAGAAGAAAAUUAAUUGAAA